AGACGUGAUCAAUCAUAUAUUGGGUUCUGGACUUCUGGUACAAGUUGAUCCUUAACAAGCUCAUCAGACCGACCCCAAUUCCUCAAAAUUUCCAAACUCAUCAUCGCCUUUCUUCCUCUUUCCUCUUUCCUCUCUCCUCAAUUCCCACCUCCAGGUGGGCAGGACAAUGAGGUGUUAGUUUAUUUGAGUGAAAAUUUUGAUUGAGGGGAGAUAUGUAUCGAUCAAUGCCGACUGAACCCACUGGGGACGGGUCGCCUGCUGAUACCGGCGAUUCUGUGGUGACUUUGGAUCAAGUUCCUCGGUGGAGCGAUACUGAGGUUCGUUGGUCUUUGGAACGUGAUAAUGAAGACUCCAUUUUCCCUAGUGCUCAUUUCCCUGAUCCUCUUGCACCAGCUUCCACUUCAGAGAAUGGAAGUAAUGGGAUAGUGUCUAGAUUCCCGGUUGACCAUGAAAUUAACUCCAAGGUUUAUCUCUGGAGGGGGAACCCUUGGAAUAUUGAAGUACAUGCUGUUGUUAAUUCCACGAACGAGAAUAUGGAUGAAGCACAUAGCAGUCCCGGUUUACAUGCUGCUGCUGGUCCUGGCCUGGCUGAAGAAUGUGCUACACUGGGUGGAUGCAGAACUGGGAUGGCAAAGAUGACAAGUGCGUAUGACCUUCCGGCUAGGAAGGUUAUUCAUACUGUUGGCCCUAAGUAUGCAGUCAAAUAUCACACAGCUGCAGAGAAUGCCCUUAGUCAUUGUUAUCGGUCGUGCCUUGAGCUGCUUAUAGAAAAUGGGCUUCAGAGCAUAGCAAUGGGCUGUAUUUAUACAGAGUCAAAAAACUAUCCUCGUGAACCCGCAGCACAUGUGGCCAUUAGGACUGUAAGGCGAUUUCUUGAGAAACAAAAGGAAAAAAUUACUGCCAUAGUGUUUUGCACAACCACAUCAACGGAUACCGAGAUAUAUAAAAGAUUGCUUCCCCUCUAUUUUCCUCGUGAUAAACACGAAGAAGAAGUUGCUGUGUCAAAGCUUCCUGCUGAUGUUGGGGACGAGAAUGGUGAAACAGUUAUAGAUGAGCGUAAAAUCAGAAUAAAGCCACUUCCAAAUGCUAGGAUGACGGAGCCCAAACCUGCUCAAGCCUCAAAUGACCUUCCUCUCAGCGAGGUUGGGUUGGUUAGGAGGAAUUCAGCCUAUUUGGACACAUAUUUGGAUCCUGCAUUUAUGUCACUAAUUAAGGAUCCAGAUCAAAGACGCAAAGAACAGUGGGAAAAGGCAGCUCAAGCUCAAAGUGGAUGGAAUUGUGCGAAAAUGUUUGGAUAUGGUGAUCUUGGUGGCCCUCCACUGUCUCCUGCUGAAGAAUAUUCUCUCCAUUCAAGAUACCUUGCAAAAGGGAAUUCUACUAAUCUUUCCGAGAUUGCAGAGAUGAAAAUCGUAUAUCGUGGUGGGGUAGACAGUGAAGGGCGUCCGGUUAUGGUAGUAGUUGGAGCUCAUUUCUUAUUGCGGUGCCUUGAUCUUGAGCGUUUUAUUCAGUAUGUAGUGAAGGAGUUUGAGCCUAUAAGUCAGAAGCCAUAUUCUAUUGUCUACUUCCACUCUGCUGCCUCUUUACAACCUCAACCAGACUUGGGGUGGAUGAGAAGAUUACAGCAAAUUCUUGGUCGCAAACACCAACGUAAUCUGCAGGGAAUCUAUGUUCUACAUCCAACAUUUGGAUUGAAAGCGGCCAUUUUUGCCCUACAAAUGUUUGUGGAUAAUAUGGUCUGGAAGAAAGUGGUAUAUGUUGAUCGGCUACUACAGCUGUUCAGAUACGUCCCUCGUGAGCAGUUAACAAUCCCUGAUUUUGUAUUCCAGCACGAUCUUGAAGUGAACGGAGGAAAAGGUCUUAUUGUAGAUCCUAGAACCAAGUAUGUGUAUCAACGACCAUAGGCUGGAUAUCGGUGGCAUAUGCAGUAGGUUGCUGUGUAUUCUUUAUUUUCUUUUCUCUGAACCAAAAUCUGUUUGAAAUUAUCAUUCCUUUUUGUUUUUCUUUUUGGAUAGAAUAUAAUCAUCAGUGUUGUAUACUAGGUCUACAUUCUUUUUUUUUCUUUAUUUCUCUCUGUUUUCCUUGAUUUGUCUGUUCUAUGAUAACAAUAAUAAUUUUCUCAUUAUUAUUCAGUGUAUAUAUCUUGGUUUUGAUGUAAA